GCUGCGGAGGCUCCCGGGAGCCCGGCGGCGGCGCGGGGCGGCGAGCGGGCCGGCGAUCCGGGGAGCCUCCGGAGCCGGCCGCGUGGGCCGAGCAUGGCGGGCUCCCUGCCUCCCUGCGUGGUGGACUGCGGCACCGGGUAUACCAAGCUUGGCUACGCAGGCAACACAGAGCCACAGUUCAUUAUCCCUUCAUGUAUCGCCAUCAGAGAAUCGGCGAAGGUGGUCGACCAAGCCCAGAGGAGGGUACUGAGGGGCGUUGAUGACCUGGACUUCUUCAUAGGGGAUGAAGCCAUAGAUAAACCCACGUACGCCACCAAGUGGCCAAUAAGACAUGGAAUAAUUGAAGACUGGGAUCUGAUGGAAAGGUUCAUGGAACAAGUGAUUUUUAAAUAUCUUCGAGCUGAACCUGAGGAUCAUUAUUUUUUAAUGACAGAACCACCACUGAAUACACCGGAAAAUCGAGAGUAUCUCGCAGAAAUUAUGUUUGAAUCGUUUAAUGUCCCAGGACUCUACAUUGCAGUUCAGGCAGUGCUGGCUCUGGCCGCCUCGUGGACAUCACGCCAGGUGGGCGAACGCACGUUAACGGGGAUCGUCAUCGACAGCGGGGAUGGGGUCACCCACGCCAUCCCAGUGGCAGAAGGCUACGUGAUUGGAAGCUGCAUCAAGCACAUCCCCAUCGCAGGGCGGGACAUCACCUAUUUCAUCCAGCAGCUGCUGCGGGAGCGGGAGGCGGGGAUCCCCCCGGAGCAGUCGCUGGAGACCGCCAAAGCCAUCAAGGAGAAAUACUGCUACAUCUGCCCUGAUAUAGUCAAGGAGUUCGCCAAGUACGACGUGGAUCCUCGGAAGUGGAUCAAACAGUACACGGGGAUCAACGCCAUCAACCAGAAGAAGUUUGUCAUAGAUGUCGGUUACGAAAGGUUCCUGGGCCCUGAGAUUUUCUUUCACCCGGAGUUUGCCAACCCGGAUUUCAUGGAGUCCAUCUCGGAGGUUGUUGAUGAAGUCAUACAGAACUGCCCCAUCGACGUUCGCCGUCCGCUGUAUAAGAAUGUCGUUCUUUCAGGAGGUUCGACAAUGUUCAGGGAUUUUGGACGUCGCCUGCAGAGAGACUUAAAGAGGGUGGUGGACGCCAGGCUGAAGCUCAGCGAGGAGCUCAGCGGCGGCAGAAUAAAGCCCAAGCCCGUGGAGGUCCAGGUGAUAACGCACCACAUGCAGCGCUACGCCGUGUGGUUUGGAGGCUCCAUGCUGGCUUCGACUCCGGAGUUCUUGCAGGUCUGUCACACCAAGAAGGACUACGAGGAGUGCGGCCCGAGCAUCUGCCGUCACAACCCCGUCUUCGGGGUCAUGUCUUAGUGGCGGCUUGGGCACCGCUCCCGCAGUGGUGUCAUCGGAGCGCAAGUGUCCUUCAGACCCGGAGACGACAGGCCCUGUACAUAGAGUGCGAGCGUGGUGUCCCAUUGCAUGCGGCGCCGCCCGCCGGACAGCUCGCAAAGCCAUCUGCGCCCUCACCCCGCCCCACUCCACCCACUCGCCCCGCCCAUCGCCCCGCCCCACCCCGCCCCACCCCACCC